AAAAAAAUAUUAAACCUAAAUCAAAAUAAAAAUCCUACGUAAGUGAUUGCUGCGCCUUCUAAACACAAAAGAGGAGCAACAUCGAAUAGAUUUUUCGUUAGUAAAGCCAAAGUCGCCAUAACAUUUGCUUCCAGACACAAACGGUACUUUUCUCGAACAGGUGGUGUGCACAGUUCAAAACCAUGAAACGCAGCAAAACAACGGUCUUAACAUUCGCCGAGAAAUGCAAGAAUAUAUUAACAUCAAACUGGCAAGGUUCUCUUAAUACUAUCAAAGCAGAUGCUAAAGGAAGCAAAGGAGAUAUUCAUACAUCUAAGGUUAAAUACAUACUUAGAAGGGGGCAGCCAUAUCUUUGGGUGCCAGAAAAUGAUUUGCAUAAUAUGAACACAAUCAUUGAUGAGCGUGGUUCAUUUGCUGUGACCUGUCCAUUUCCAGGCCGACUAGGAGCCAUAUUAAAAUCAUUGGAAAAGUUACCAGCUCGGGUUGCUUUAUCUGGGGAUGUUCUUCCUCUCAAUGAAGAUAAGGCCAAGGCGCUCACGGAGAAAGUUCAUGAAGUCAUACGAUCUGAGGAAAAAGCAACCAGAAAGUUUAGUUACACUGUGUCUGGAGUACUAAGUUCUGGUGGGAGCAGUACAUCGCGAAGUGAUAAUCUUCAGAAACUACUGGAAGUCACUGAAAAAUAUUCAGUAUAUAGAUUUAAAACGAGAUCUUGCACAUUUAUUGAUGGCCACGGAGGUACUUUUGAUGUGAAUAUUGAAGAUUUAGGAACAUCCAAAGCUGAUCUAUUAGCUCCAUUUUCAGCAAAGUUGAUUGAUGGGAUUAACCAAAGCGAAGCUAGACGUAGAGCUCUUGUGCUUUUAUGUUUUGUUUACAUGAACACCAAUGCAAAGGAUGCUUAUGUAACAUCCGUUGAUCGCAAGGGAUUUGAUGUGCUAGCAAAAGUUACCGGUCCUGUUUCAAAGGACGGCGUUGGUCAAUACCAAUGGAAAGAGCUUAGGUUCAUGUUCGAGCAAGAGGCAAACGAUGUUGAAACAUUCUGUCAACAUCUAGUUCAAAUGGAAGAGGAGGUCAUCAAAAAGGUUUCAGCCUCUAGUGGACUAAACUGAAACAUGCCACCUUGGUUGGAUCCUUUUCUUUUGUUAUAAUAAAUUUGUUUUCAGUUAAAAGAUAUUAGUCAUAUGACAUUGUAUUUUUCAUGAUGUAAAGAGCUGUCACAUUUUACUCUUUUUUUGUCAAUGAGAAUUAAGUGCAAAAGAAUCAUUGCUAAUAUUUGGCGUAUUUACUACAACUACUACUUGAAAGUUUGAUGAAUUGUUUGUUAAGAUGGAGAAGACAAGAUUUUAAAAA